AUGGCACAAAGCAGAUCUACAGAAAGGAAUGGAAACCAUACGUCUAUAUCUGUGUUUGUACUCCUAGGCCUGUCAGAUGACAAAGAACUGCAGCUCCUCCUCUUUCCAGUCUUCCUGACACUCUAUCUUAUGACCCUGGUUUGGAAUCUGGGUCUUAUCAUUCUCAUCAGGAUUGAUUCCCACCUGCACACACCCAUGUACUUUUUUCUCAGUUUCCUGUCAUUUAUAGACAUUUGCUAUUCUUCUUCUGUCAGCCCAAGGAUGCUUUCAGACUUCUUAAAAGAUGAAAAUACAAUUUCCUUCAUUGCCUGUGCCACUCAGCAUUUUGUUGGGGCUUGGAUGGCUCUGGCUGAGUGCUGCCUCUUGGCCGCCAUGGCAUAUGACAGAUACAUCGCCAUUGGUAGCCCUCUGCAGUACUCAGCAAUCAUGGCUCCUGACCUUUGUUGGAAGAUGGUGGCUGCAGCCUAUGGGAGUGGUUUCCUUAGUAGCUUAAUUCAAACGGCUUCUUGCUUUCAUCUCGACUACUGUGGACCAAAUGUCAUUCAUCAUUUUCUCUGUGACUUACCUCAGGUUAUUGCCUUAUCUUGCUCUAAUCCUUUCAUUAGCCAAAUGGUUCUUUUCCUGGUAUCUACCAUAGUUGGAUUUGGUUCUUUGCUUUUUAUUCUCUUAUCCUAUGGUUUCAUUGUGUCUUCCAUCCUGAAAAUAUCUUUACUCAAGCAUAGUGCCAAGGCUUUCAACACCUGUGCCUCCCACCUGGCAGCUGUGACACUCUAUUAUGGCACAGCCCUCUCUGUGUACAUGAAUCCCAGCACUAGCCACUCCAUGAAGCAGAACAAAGUGCUGUCAGUGUUCUAUGUAGUAUUUAUUCCCAUGUUAAACCCUCUGAUCUAUAGUCUGAGGAACAAGGAGAUCAAAGAGGCCCUCAAGAGGGUGAUAAAGAGGGUGACACAUUUACUUCAGCGAGAUAACAUUUGAGCAGGUUUUAUUUUCCUUAUAAGAAAGACAUGGUCAAAAAAGCUUCAAAAGGUCAUGCAGGAGUCAGGAGUAGCCUUGGAUGACCUCCUUCAGGCUGCCACUACCGUCUAG